CUGACAUAUUUCCACCAAAUUUAGUUCAUAGAUCACAUUCGGACAAGCCAAAGCUACUUUGAAGUGGAAAUGACAAACGUACCCUCAGUUCUUAGCCAUAUUUUCCUCUGCGUGUCCUAAUCAACAACUGCAACUAAAGAAGCUUCAAGAUCCAUUUACAGUUUUAUACUUCUCAUUCUUUUUUGCUAAUACUCAGCUCUAUAAAGCUGUUUAGCUUCGUGGGUUCUCUUCAAAAUCUUGAUUUUUCAUCUUUGUUUGGAGAUAUAGCUUGAUUUGUCUGUUGCUAUAAGGUCUGUUUUACAACUUAAUGUUCAUUCUUGGUGUUCAUAUAGAUGGUGAAUAGGUUGAAGUUGAGUUCUUUUGGCCAUUUUAGGCCUAAAGAUUUGAACUUUGGCAAGUUGAAGCAUUGUCAAACUUGGAUUUUUCAUUCGUUCAAUAGGGUCCUUGUAAUUGGAUCCUUAUUAUUGUUGUUUCUUGUGGCAAUAGGGUCUGGUUAUUUCUACAAUACAAAUUCUUUUCCACAACCAAUUGUUCUUGAAAAUGCAGGAGAUAAUAGAACAAAUACUAACUUUAGUGGUGAAUGCAAUUUAUUUGUUGGAAAUUGGGUGCCUGAUGAAAGUUAUCCUUUGUACAAUGCAUCAGAAUGCCCAUUUGCUGAACAAGGUUUUAGUUGUUUAGGUAAUGGUAGGAAGGAUAAAGAGUAUCUCAAGUGGAGGUGGAAACCUAGGAAUUGUGAAAUUCCAAGAUUUGAUGUUCAUGUAAUCUUGAAAAAUUUAAGGGGAAAAAGGAUUGUAUUUGUUGGUGAUUCAUUAAGUAGAACUCAAUGGGAGUCCAUGAUAUGCAUAUUGAUGACUGGUGUUGAGGACAAGAAUAGCGUGUAUGAAGUCAAGGGAAGGAAGAUCACUAGACAGAUUAGGCAUUUACAAGUUCGAUUUAGUUCCUUUAAUUUUACAGUUGAGUUUUAUAGGUCAAUUUUCCUAGUACAGCCUGGAUCGCCACCAAAACGUUCACCAAAGAGGAUCAAGAAAGCACUAAUGCUUGAUAAGUUGGAUGAUAUAAACAAGGAAUGGAUUGAUUCCGAUAUACUAAUCUUUAAUACCGGCCAUUGGUGGACUCCCACCAAGCUUUUUGAACUGGGCUGGUACUUCCAGAUUGACGGAAAGAUGAAACUCGGAAUGACAAUAAAUGGUGCCUUCAAUAAAGCCUUAACUACUUGGCAAUCUUGGAUCGAAAAUAAGAUCAACUCUGAUAGAACACGUGUAUUCUUUCGGACUUUCGAAGCUACUCAUUGGAGUGCUGGACCCCGUGAAAAAUGCAACGUGACACGACAGCCCUGGUCGGACACCAACGGCAAGGAUAAGAGUGCAUUUUCGGACAUGAUAAUUGAUACUGUGAAAAAUGCAGCAAUCCCUGUGACACUGCUGCAUGUCACUCCGAUGGGGGCAUACCGAAGCGAUGCACAUGUUGGUAAUUGGAGUGACAAUCCAUCAGUUCCAGAUUGUAGCCAUUACUGCUUACCUGGUGUGCCUGAUAUGUGGAACGAACUUCUUUUUGCCUUUCUAUUUUCGGAACAGCAAUAUCAGAUUCAUUAGCUUCACGAUUAUAUGCAAAUUUUAUUCAACUUGAUUACCUUUACCACACGAAAGUCUUGGUCAUUGUGAGCGAAAGAGGGGCCGCCGUGGGGGAGAGAUUGAAUUUUUUUUAAAUUCUUUUUUUUGUGUGUAUGGUGGUCUACAUAAACAGUGAUGAUUCCUAUAGCCGGUCUCAAAGUAAUUGAGAUUAAGGCAUAGUAGUAGUUGUUGUUUAUCGUGUGGUGCUUCGAGAGAGCUUGUACUCUAGCCAUUUAUUAGGAAUACGAAAUUUGAUUUAGAGGAAAACAUGCCAAGGUGCCGUAAUGGUCUGUGUGUACAAUUCGAUCUGUCAAAUCGUCUAAAAGCAAUUUCUUUAACAUUGUUAA